CCAAAGGGAGGGGAGCGUCAGACAGGGACGCGCGCUGGGGGCUCCCUCCUGCCGCUUGCGUUGUUCGCCGACUUCUCUUCUCCUCCUCGCCUCCUCCGGGGAACUGGAUUAGCUGCAGCGGCGACCCGGAGGUCCCUGUCGGCGUUCCGUUCCCAGUGCGCUGGGCUGGGCUGGGCUGGGCUGGGUGGAGGGCGCCUCCGAGAAGAGCCGGGGCCGCCCCGGUGCCUUCGCCUCUUGCAUCUCUCCAACCUGCCGCUGCCGCCGGUGGCCGAGAGCGCCAGGGCUGUUCUUCUUCUCCUCUUUUUCUGUCUCUCUCUCUCUCUGUCUGUCUGUCUCUGUCUGUCUCUUCCAUUCCCGAAAUGGAUUUAUCUUUGAGGGUCCUCGUUUUAUCCUGGCUUUAUCUGGAGGCGUUGGGGGACUUUGACGGAAGGUGGCCCAGGCAGAUCCUUUCCUCGGCUGGAUUGUGCCGUUUUGGGAGCAGAGUGGAUUGCUGCUGGGGCUGGGCUCGCCACUCGUGGGGCCAAUGCCAACCUUUCUACAUCUUAAGGCAGAGAAUAGCCAGGAUAAGGUGCCAACCCAAAGCUGUUUGUCAGCCUGGAUGUAAGCAUGGAGAAUGUGUUGGUCCAAACAAAUGCAAAUGUCAUCCAGGAUACACUGGGAAAAUAUGCAACCAAGCGGCACACCUGUUUGCAACCUCUCACCAUUGGUCCAGUGAACCACCUUUUUUCACCACUGCGGAAGAUCAUGCCACAAAUUUGCCUUGGAGGGAUCUCAAUGAAUGUGGAUUGAAACCAAGGCCAUGCAAACAUCGAUGCAUGAAUACCUAUGGAAGCUACAAAUGUUAUUGUCUGAAUGGAUACAUGCUUAUGCCUGAUGGAUCAUGCUCUAAUGCUCUCACAUGUUCAAUGGCAAACUGUCAGUAUGGCUGUGAUGUGGUUAAGGGGGAAGUACGCUGUCGCUGUCCUUCUCCAGGCUUACAGCUGGCACCAGAUGGCAGAACUUGUAUUGAUGUGGAUGAAUGCGUUGCUGGGAGCGUUACCUGUCCCCGAUUCAGGAAAUGCGUCAACACUUUUGGAAGUUAUAUUUGCAAGUGUCAUAAAGGCUUUGAUUUGAUGUACAUUGGAGGCAGAUAUCAGUGCCAUGACAUAGAUGAAUGCUCUCUUGGCCAAUAUCAGUGUGGAGGUUUCUCACAAUGUUACAAUACACAAGGGUCUUACAAAUGUAAAUGCAAAGAAGGGUACAGAGGUGAUGGAUUCAACUGCAUAACUAUUCCCAAAGUUAUGAUUGAUCCUUCUGGUCCAUAUAGUGUAUUUAAAAGCAAUUCAACUUUUCCUAAAGGCAGCAAUGGCAUGACCAACAAAAUACCUGAAUCUGGUAGCACAAGGCAUCCCAUCCAGUUACCAUAUAUACCAUCUGUAAUUACAGCAAAGCCUUAUCUGAAGACCACAGCAAGACCAACUAUGAAACCAACACACAAGCCACAUACCAGAUUGGUAACAAAACCUGCCACAACAAGACCAGCUUUCAGGCCAGUGACAAGACCCCCUCCAGUGACAAGUCCUCCCCAACCACCACCAGUUCCACCUAAGCCGCUAACAACAACAACGCCAAAAGUAAUAACUGAAGAGCCUCUGCCGUUUCCUAGUGAAACCACACCACCACAGGGAUUUACAGUUGACAAUAGGAUCCCAAUUGAGCCGCAGAAGCCCCGAGGAGAUGUAUUUAUUCCCCGCCAGCCUGGAGUGAGCAAUAAUCUCUUAGAAUCAUUUGAAAUUGAACAAGGAAUAAGUGCCAAUGAGGAUGAAGCAAAGGAUGAUCCAGGUGUUCUGAUUCAUAGUUGCAACUUUGAUGGUGGUCUGUGUGGAUGGAUCAAGGAAAGAAAUCAUGAUUUAUACUGGGAACCUGUUAAAGACUCCUCAGGUGGACAAUAUUUAUCUAUUUCUCAACCCAAAGGGAAGGCAGGCCGAGUCGCACGCUUGGUCCUCCCACUUGGCCAUUUAACUCACUCUGAGGAUCUGUGCUUAUCCUUUAGGCAUAAAGUAUCUGGGUUACACUCUGGUUCUUUUCAAGUCUUUCUAAGAAAGGCUGGUAUUCAUGGGCCAGCAAUCUGGGGAAGGAACAGUGGUCAUGGUUGGAGUCAAACGCAUAUAACACUGAAAGGACCUGGCAUCAAGAGUGUUAUUUUUAAAGGAGAAAAAGGAAAAGGAAGAACCGGGGAAAUUGGGUUGGAUGAUGUAAGUUUGAGAAAAGGCCCAUGUUUUCAGGACCAUUAGUGGUGCAGAUUGGUGAAGAGAACAGACUUUUGUUGUCCAUGCGUGUUAGCUGAGACACAUGGAUGAUUGAUAACUUCUCCUUUGUCUUUGUGAAAUCACAGUGGAUCUCCAGCUAAAUAGUUCAGAUUUUCUGUAAUAGCAAAGAAAGUCCAAGCAGAUGUCGAAGAUUUCCAUUAACAUUGGUUAACACUGUCUGUGUUAUAAGAGGUUCUGAAUGGAGGGUAUAUGCAUGUCCUUUAUGAAGAAAAGACUGCCUAAACAUCAUCAAAACAGAUUCAACAACUGUAUUCUUGUCUUCUGUGUGUUUUCCAUUGGCUGGUUAUGGUUGAAACUCAUUUUGUGUCACAAACUGAAGAUACAGCUGUUUAUUGUACUACAUCCAUUUUAAAGAAGAGUGUUUUGUGUGUCUCUGUGUGCAUAAUAACAUUUAUCCCUUUAUCUUAUUACAAAAGGCAGGUAAAGAGUCACACUGCAACCCUUAAUAUUGAUAGUGCUGUGUUCUGUAUCAUAUGUAUUAUUAUUGUUAUUAUUAUUAUUGUAUUUAUAUAUGUUGUAUAUUUGCAGACUCUAGUUGUAAGAUGAAAUGGCAGUUGUGCGCAUUACAGUUAAACCAGCAAAACAGAAGUGGAAGUCCGAUAGCAAGUUCUUUUUAAAACAUAUCAAACGCAGCGAUCAUCCUUGCCUUUCUAAACUCAAAUAGUAGAAUAUUGUACAUGGUUGCAAAAUGGUGUCAGGUCUAAGAGCGCAUAAUGUAAUAGUACCAGAUUCAAGAGAAUUAGUUAGAUUCAGUUAAAAGUCCUUUCUGGAAAGAAAAACAUUCAUGACUGAUAUCAGUAGCACAACUUGGCCUUGAAGGAUGUUUGGCGGUUAGGAGUUUUUCCUCUCUUAUUUCAGAAGCUAUUAAGAAACAAAAUAGGUAUUUGGGUUCAUAAGCAAAGAAAUGCAGUAGAAAGACUGGCCAUGCAUUGACCAGAUUACUCUACAUCAGCGUUUCUCAACCUUGGCCACUUUAAGACAUGUGGACUUCAAC